AUGCUUGCUACAGUCGAUUCUUACAAUAUAAAAAUCAACGCUAUCCUAGAAUAUAUUAUUCAACUCAUACACACAAUAUCAAAGCAAUCACAAAAAUUUUUCAAGCUAUGGAAAAGGGCAUUUGUAAACAAUAAAGAAAGCCCGAUUACUAAAUGCUUUCAGCAAGAUAUCGACUUGUAUCAGGCCAUUUCUCGUUUCUCUGCUGAAACUUCCGAACUAUGUAAAAAUCUUAGCAAGCCUGUUGCUAGGGUGUUAAGUCUUCUUAAUCAAGUAAAAUACAGCAACGCAGUAAACUUUGAGUUUACUUUCAAAAUUUAUCGGGAACUGGGAUCUCUUGCAAGCACUAUCGCUAUCUUUAUUGAAAAAGGUGGUCGUGUUAAAUCCACAACGUAUAUGUGCCAACGUAAUCUGAAUCAAGACCUGCAGUACCUUUCUUUGUAUGAUAACUAUAAGAGAAUGUUGAAGUUAACGGUUUUUGUAUAUGUUAUAUCACAUAUUGGCUUAUAUUCCAAAUUAAACGGUUGUUUGAUUCUUGUUGAAGGCGGUUCUCUUCUUGUCACAGUUGCCUUUAUGAAUGUUUACUGUUUGAAUUUAAAAUAUAUAGUUACGAAUAGUAAAGAGUUCAUGGAAGGGACUUUAACAGACAUGAAACACGAAUUAGAUGGGCUGACAAAAAAAUCUCAGGAAUUGAAAUGCUUCUUCAAUGAUAUCGCUAUUACAAGUGUUUCUAAGGAUGCCUUAAUUAGAUCCAUCGAUCUAGAUGCGUUUGUCAGAAAAUCACAGAAGGAUAUAACCCCGGUCAACGACAUGAUAAAACGCACAAGAAAGCUGCAAGAUAGUUUACAUCGUAUGCAAAAAGAAUCUAUAUAUAAUUACGAAGCUACAGAGGAAUUUGUUGAUAACGGGUUUAAAAAUAGAUGGAUGGUGUUUUACAUUCAAAGCAAAACGUUGGAUCGCUUUUUUUCAUUUUUUAUAUAA